AUGGCCGCCUCAUUCAAGGCACUGCCUCAGCAAUUGACCCUGACCCGCUCCUUCGCCCGCUGCUACUCCGUCUCCGCCGAGAGCAUCCCGGCGGCCAAGAAGAAGUAUGUGCCUACCGAGGGCAGCUACCCGCAGGGAUUCCAGGCGAGCGGCAUCCUCGUGGGCGUCAAGCCGGGCAACAAAACCAAGCCCGACCUCGCCUUCCUUACCUCGGACCGCCCGUGCGCCGCCGCCGCCGUCUUCACGAAGAACAAGUUCCAGGCGGCGCCCGUGACGUUCAGCCGCGACCUCCUCAAGCGCCGCGGCAACCGUGGCAUCCGCGGCGUGCUCAUCAACUCGGGGUGCGCCAACGCCGUGACGGGCAAGGGCGGCCUCGAGGACGCGUCGCUCAUGGCUAAGGCGGCGGACGAGCAGCUCGGCGGCGAGGACGGCGCGGGCUCGUCGACCAUUGUCAUGAGCACGGGCGUCAUCGGGCAGAGGCUGCCGAUCGACAAGAUUGUGGGCAACGUCGGGGCAGCACACGGGGCGCUGGGCUCGGGGCACAAGGACUGGCUCGCGUGCGCGACGGCCAUCUGCACGACGGACACGUUCCCGAAGCUCAUGUCGAGGACCUUUUCGCUGCCGUCGUCGCCGGGCGUCGAGUACAGGAUGGCGGGCAUGACCAAGGGCGCCGGCAUGAUCCACCCCAACAUGGCCACGCUGCUGGGCGUCGUGGCGACCGACGCGCCCAUCGCGCCGGGCGUCAUGCCGUCGGUGCUCAAGCACGCCGUCGACAGGUCGUUCAACAGCAUCACGAUCGACGGCGACACGUCGACCAACGACACGGUGGCGCUGCUCGCCAACGGUGCCGCCGGCGGCCAGGAGAUCAGCUCUGUCGACUCGCCCGACUAUGCGGCCUUCCAGACUGUGCUGUCUGAUUUCUCUGCCGAUCUCGCCAAGCUCAUUGUCCGCGACGGCGAGGGUGCCACCAAGUUUGUCACCAUCCGUGUCGUUGACUCGGCGAGCGAGGAGGCGGCACGCAAGGUGGCCAGCACGAUCGCGCGGUCGCCUCUUGUCAAGACGGCACUGUACGGGCGCGAUGCCAACUGGGGCCGCAUUCUGUGCGCCACGGGCUACGCUCUCAUCUCGGAGCCGGGCCAGGACAUCAACGAGGUGGCCUCGAUUGUGUCGGAGAAGACGAAUGUGUCGUUCGUGCCUACAGAUGGCAGCGCUGAGCUGAAGCUGCUGGUCAACGGCGAGCCGGAGACGGUGGACGAGGCCCGCGCCUCGGAGAUUCUGGAGCUCGAGGACCUGGAGAUCCUGGUCAAGCUGGGGACGGGCGAUAAGCAGGCAACGUAUUGGACAUGCGACUACAGCCACGAGUACAUCACCAUCAACGGCGACUACCGAACAUAG